AUGCUGGGCCCGAACUGGAGUCCGUACGGGCGCUUGGCCAGGAUCGACAAACCAGCAGGAACUUUGCUAUUGAUGUUCCCUUGCUGGUGGGAUCUUGCGCUGGCGGCGCCGAUUGGUACCCUCCCUGAUGCGAAGCUGAUGACCAAGUUCGCCAUGGGAUCUUUUUUGUUGAGGUGA